CGGUGAGUGAAAAUACGCAUAAAACAACAAAUAAAACAAAAACCUUCAAUGGAUCAGCAUACAGUCAAGGAUGAAGCCAAGGCUAUUGUGUCAAAAACCUAUGAAUAUGAAUUGUUAAACAAUUUAAUCGAACACAUUCCACAGCCGCCAAACAAGCAUUCCCCCACAAGUGGCAGUAGUGUUAGUAGUGCACAAACCUAUUUAACACGUGGUAACUUUAAUUACUAUCAUUAUGGUUGCGAUGGUCAACAGGACCAGGGAUGGGGUUGUGCCUAUCGUACUCUACAAUCUAUGAUCUCUUGGAUUUUGCACAAGUGUUGUAGUUAUAAUUUACUUAAUGUUCCCAGUUUGCGUGAAAUUCGAGAGACCUUAGUACGUUUAGAAGAUAAACCUAAACGUUUUAUUGGCUCCCGUGAUUGGAUUGGUGCUUUGGAAGUGUUCUAUGUUGUUGACUCUUUAUAUGAUGUUCCAUGUAAAAUUGUACAUAUAACACGUAGUGAAGAGUUAUCCGACUAUGUUGAUACUUUAAUUGAGUAUUUUAAUGAUUAUGGCGGUUUUGUUAUGAUGGGUGGUGAUAUGGAUGCUGCUUCAAAGGGUAUAGCAGGUGUACAUACAAGUGGAAGGGAUACAUAUCUAUUGGUGGUGGAUCCCCAUUACUCUGGUGUGCCAGCAUCCAUACACGAUCUAAUCAGAGAUGGCUAUAUACGUUGGCAAAAUGUUAAAGAAUUUGUGGAUAGUUCCUUUUAUAAUCUCUGUUUACCAUACCUUAAAUAAGUUAUAAUAAAUAAGUUAUAAUAUUAAGAUUUUUAAAAAGGAAAUCUAAUAAAUCAUAAAGUAUUAAAGGAACUGUUAACAAAUUCUUACUAAACAAAAGCUAAUUAAAAAGCUAUAAAAACACUAAGCAAAUUAAACAU